AUGGGAGAACACAUUAACUUUCCCUGGCCUACACGGCGCCACACUACCAACGGACACCAUAGGCCUACACGGCGCCACACUACCAACGGACACCAUAGGCCUACACGGCGCCACACUACCAACGGACAUCAUAGGCCUACACGGCGCCACACUACCAACGGACACCAUAGGCCUACACGGCGCCACACUACCAACGGACACCAUAGGCCUACACGGCGCCACACUACCAACGGACACCAUAGGCCUACACGGCGCCACACUACCAACGGACAUCAUAGGCCUACACGGCGCCACACUACCAACGGACAUCAUAGGCCUACACGGCGCCACACUACCAACGGACAUCAUAGGCCUACACGGCGCCACACUACCAACGGACACCAUAGGCCUACACGGCGCCACACUACCAACGGACAUCAUAGGCCUACACGGCGCCACACUACCAACGGACACCAUAGGCCUACACGGCGCCACACUACCAACGGACACCAUAGGCCUACACGGCGCCACACUACCAACGGACAUCAUAGGCCUACACGGCGCCGCACUACCAACGGACACCAUAGGCCUACACGGCGCCACACUACCAACGGACAUCAUAGGCCUACACGGCGCCACACUACCAACGGACAUCAUAGGCCUACACGGCGCCGCACUACCAACGGACAUCAUAGGCCUACACGGCGCCACACUACCAACGGACAUCAUAGGCCUACACGGCGCCGCACUACCAACGGACAUCAUAGGCCUACACGGCGCCACACUACCAACGGACAUCAUAGGCCUACACGGCGCCACACUACCAACGGACAUCAUAGGCCUACACGGCGCCGCACUACCAACGGACAUCAUAGGCCUACACGGCGCCACACUACCAACGGACACCAUAGGCCUACACGGCGCCACACUACCAACGGACAUCAUAAAGCUCUGACACGUAAUAAGCACAAUAUUGAUGGCUAA